AUGGCGGGUCCUGCGAAUGCGCCGCGGCGUGAGCGACUCACCUCUCUCACCGACAAAAAUACCAAUACCUACCGAGCGAAACGAAACACCCCGCCGGCGCCUGCUCGCAGAGCACAGGCACCGGUGCGGAAAUGCUGCGACAAUCCGAAUGUCAGUUUCGAGGAGGGAUCACAAAUCUGCUACAACUGUGGUGCUGUGCUAGAUGAAAGCGACAUCGUCGCCGAGGUCACAUUCGGGGAAAAUGCUGCUGGCGCUGCUAUCGUCCAAGGUGGCUUUGUUGGAGAAAGCCAGCGACACGCCAACACCAUGGGUGGAACCAUGCGGGGCCUCGGCGGCAUAGCAAGCAGAGAACAAACCGAAUACAAUGGGCGAGACGAGAUCAGAAAGCUCUGCGGAGCUCUGAAUCUGCCGACGCGAAUCGAAGAGCAGGCGUUCGGCUGGUAUAAGCUGGCGCUCAACCACAACUUUGUCCAGGGCCGCCGCAUUCGGAACGUCGCUGCCGUAUCAAUCUAUCUCGCGGCGCGAAAGCAACCCGCGAAUACCCUGCUGCUCAUGGACCUGUCGGAAAAGGUUCAUGUCAACGUCUGGGCCCUCGGUGACACGUACAAGCAAUUUUGCAGGACAAUCAUGGAGACGGAUCCCGCGCAAAUUUCCGGCAGUACGACCGUUCAAGAGAUCGAACCGCUAAUGUUGAAGUUCUGCCGCAAACUCGAAUUCGACUCGGACUCGCACAGAGUCGCGGACGACGCCUGCAAGCUCUUGAAGCGUAUGAAGCGCGACUGGAUGGUACAAGGCCGCAACCCCGCAGGUCUCUGUGGAGCGUGCAUUAUCCUCGCUGCGCGAAUGAACAACUUCCGCCGUACUGUUCGAGAAGUCGUAUAUGUGGUCAAGGUCGCAGAUACCACCAUCAACCAACGUUUGUACGAGUAUAAGCGCACGCCGAGCUCCGCCUUAACAGUAAACCAAUUCCGAGAAUUUGGACAGCGAUUGAAAGUCAAAAGCCUUCCACCUGCGGUCUGGAGGCGCGAGGAGAAAGAGCGGCGGCUCGAAGAGCGAAAACGGAAGGCUCAAGAAGGGGGCGAAGGUGAAGAUGGCUCACCAGACGUUGAAGCCCAGGACGGCGCGGCUCGAGGAGAGGGAAGCUCAAGACAGGUUGCAUCCGGCACCCCGAAGCGAUCGACGAGGGCGACGAAGAAACGAAAGACGAACGACGGCAAAGGCAAAGCAGUAGCGUCACGGUCAGACUCAGGCAGCGCGACCCAGGCCAAUGCGGACAAUGCUGAAGCUACCGAGACCAUUGACGUCGACGCGCUCGAAGGAGACGCCGAGGCUAGUCUAGACUCUGCUGCACGCGCAUUCACUAGCGAUAUGGAUGUAGAUGAGGAAGAGAUUGUUAUCCCGAAAAAGCGCGGCAGACCACCUAAGAAGCGAGAGCCUAUCAUCAUUCCACAGGAGGAUUUGGAAAUCGAGGCGGAGCUUGAACAGGAGAUCAACGAGACCAUCCGGGACUGGGAAUCGACAUUCAAGCAAUUCGAAGAGAAUGAAAAUCACGAGGUGCUCGUCCGAGCGGUGCACACCGCGCGUCAGCUGGCUCAGAAGCACAUGCCCAACCAGGGUAUUAGCGACGAUCCUGAUCUUGCUGAGGACGAAUUUGAGGAUGAUCCGGACGUUGCAACCUGUGUACUAGCGCCGCACGAAGUGAGAAUGAAGGAACGCGUUUGGAUCACGGUCAACGAAGACUGGCUCCGCGAACAGCAGGCUAAGAUGCUCGCCAAAGCCCUCGAAGAAGCGCAAGGCAAACCAAAGAAGCCAAAGCAGAAACGAAAGCACCACCAGAUGGGCGACGGAAGCGUGCUCGAAGGCCAACCCGCUGCUAGCGCCGCUGAAGCGGCGCAGAAAAUGCUUAACAAGCGCGCGAAGCAUUUCAGCAGUCACAUUAACUACGAAAGGCUCAAAGAGCUGUUCCCCGGUCAAAGCUCCACUGAAGAUACAACCCCUGAGGGCAGCGGACAGGGGGCAAGUCCCGGGGUUUCUGGCAGCGAGCAACGGCCAACACAACCUCCUCCAUCGAUCCAGAUUGCGAAUGCUGAUGCUGAUGCUGAAGCCGAGAACGAGGAGGAGGAUGCGGAAGGCGAAUAUGAGGAAGAGUAUCCAGAGGACGAGGAAGAUCUCGAGCAUCAGUAUCUGGACGACGAAGACGAAGGAUUCAACGACGAGGAGGACUAUGGGUGGUCUUAA